AGUGACGCAUUUCAUGACAGCCUUGGGGAUGAGAUGGAUAGAUGGGAGCUGAGUGGCAGCACAGGCAGGGACAGCCUUCCACCACCGAGAGCCCAGCUGUCAGCACCUCACAGGAAGAUGCCGUGGCGACAGGGCAGCCCUGGCAUGGGUGUGCAUGUGGGCACAGCCCUGGGAGUGCUGUGGUUCUGCCUCACAGGAGCCCUGGAAGUCCAGGUCCCAGAAGACCCGGUGGUGGCCCUGGUGGGCACCAACGCCACCUUAUGCUGCUCCUUCUCGCCCGAGCCCGGCUUCAGCCUGGCGCAGCUCAACCUCAUCUGGCAGCUGACAGACACCAAACAGCUGGUGCACAGCUUCGCCGAGGGCCGGGACCAGGGCAGCGCCUAUGCCAACCGCACGACGCUCUUCCCUGACCUGCUGGCGCAGGGCAACGCGUCCCUGAGGCUGCAGCGCGUGCGUGUGGCCGACGAGGGCAGCUUCACCUGCUUCGUGAGCAUCCGCGACUUUGGCAGCGCUGCGGUCAGCCUGCAGGUGGCCGCCCCUUACUCGAAGCCCAGCAUGACCCUGGAGCCCAACAAGGACCUGCGGCCUGGGGACACGGUGACCAUCACGUGCUCCAGCUACCGGGGCUACCCCGAGGCCGAGGUGUUCUGGCAGGACGGGCAGGGUGCACCCUUGACCGGCAACGUAACCACAUCUCAGAUGGCCAACGAGCAGGGCUUGUUCGACGUCCGCAGCGUUCUGAGGGUGGUGCUGGGCGCUAAUGGCACCUACAGCUGCCUGGUGCGCAACCCGGUGCUGAAGCAGGACGCACAUGGCUCUGUCACCAUCACACCCCAUAGAAGCCCCACAGGAGCCGUGGAAGUCCAGGUCCCAGAAGACCCGGUGGUGGCCCUGGUGGGCACCAACGCCACCCUAUGCUGCUCCUUCUCGCCCGAGCCCGGCUUCAGUCUGGCGCAGCUCAACCUCAUCUGGCAGCUGACAGACACCAAACAGCUGGUGCACAGCUUCGCCGAGGGCCGGGACCAGGGCAGCGCCUAUGCCAACCGCACGACGCUCUUCCCUGACCUGCUGGCGCAGGGCAACGCGUCCCUGAGGCUGCAGCGCGUGCGUGUGGCGGACGAGGGCAGCUUCACCUGCUUCGUGAGCAUCCGCGACUUUGGCAGCGCUGCGGUCAGCCUGCAGGUGGCCGCCCCCUACUCGAAGCCCAGCAUGACCCUGGAGCCCAACAAGGACCUGCGGCCUGGGGACACGGUGACCAUCACGUGCUCCAGCUACCGGGGCUACCCCGAGGCCGAGGUGUUCUGGCAGGACGGGCAGGGUGCACCCUUGACCGGCAACGUAACCACAUCUCAGAUGGCCAACGAGCAGGGCUUGUUCGACGUCCGCAGCGUUCUGAGGGUGGUGCUGGGCGCUAAUGGCACUUACAGCUGUCUGGUGCGCAACCCGGUGCUGAAGCAGGACGCACAUGGCUCUGUCACCAUCACAGGGCAGCCCAUGACAUUCCCCCCCGAGGCCCUGUGGGUGACUGUGGGGCUGUCUGUCUGUCUUGUCGCACUGCUGGUAGCCCUGGCCUUUGUAUGCUGGAGAAAGAUCAAACAGAGCUGUGAGGAGGAGAAUGCAGGAGCUGAGGAUCAGGAUGGGGAGGGAGAAGGACCUAAGACAGCCCUGCAGCCUCUGAAGCACUCUGAAAGCAAAGAAGAUGAUGGACAAGAAAUUGCCUGACUGUGAGGACAGGGAGCUGCUGCCCCUGCCCUGGGUCUCCCAUCCUCUGGCUGCACUGGGGCCUCACUGUGAUCCCUGCCCCCAACAGAUGGGCUCUCCUCUGGCAGGUCUAUUCAGUCUCUAAAGGAUGCAAUACAUAGACCACCCUGCAGCCGUAUUUCUCCGGAUAUGAUUCCCAAGUCAUCCUGCUGCCUUAUUUCUUAUGGACAUGCUACACAGACCACCCCACCACCUUAUUUUUCCAGGUCGUCCUGCUGCCUUAUCUUAUUUCUCCAGUGACAUGAUACAUGAAUCGUCCUGCUGCCUUAUUUCUUAUGGACACAAACCCCACCACCCUAUUCCUCCGAUGCUACAUGGACCAUCUCGCUGCUUUUUCUCUCCAAAGGACACAAUACUCAGACUGACCCCCUGCCUUAUUUCUCUGAAGACAGGAUACACAGUCACCCCUUGCCUUGUUUCUCCGGUGGCCCUGAUAUACCAGUUAUCAUUUUUCAACCCUUUUACGCCCACCUGCAUAUAAUCCCGUCUCCUCAGGCAGAGACGCCACAGACUCAGCAUCUCCGUGAGUCUAGAGGCUGUGUCUUCCUGCCACCUCCUGUACUGGCCCUAACGUUUGCUCCCCACUCCCUGCCAAGUGAAAACAGGCACUCCCUCCACCACACACACAGGUAUGCAGAGACAUGCAGGUGCAUGUGCUGGAACAUGUAAGGACACCCCCCCCACCAGCUCAGUCUCCUUGGUCAUGCCCUGGGCUGUGCCCUGUGAGGCCCUCUCUGCCCACCCUUCCCAUGGGAAGCAUGUGCUGGUCACACUGGUUCUCAGGGUGUCUGCAAUGGGGUCUCUGGGGAUCAGCUUCUAUCCCUCUGCUUUUCCCUCUGUUGGAACUUCUGUUUCUUUCCUUUUGCUUAUCCAUCCAAUUAAUGUGUAUUGAACAACAAUGGGGUGUUGGCCAUGUGUUAGGUGCCAGGGGCCCUGUGGGAGAAAGCAUCCCUCCCUCAAGGAUCUCACCAUCCAGCUGGGAAACAGACACUAACUGGGCUACAGCCUGUGUUCCCUGCAUCCUCCUCUUCUGUGCCUGAAGCUUUCUUGAUACUCCCCACCGAUCUCAUCACAAAUCCCGGCCCAGAGACGUGGUGGGGGCAGAAACCUGGAGAGAGGGUCAUAGCCACUUGCCACAACUGGAGAAUCUGGUGGUUCUUUCUAGGUGUGAGCAGGUGGUUAGGUGGCCAAGGUCCCCCUAGACCUUGGAUAGCAGCAGCAUAUGUGAAGCCUGGGGCAGGGCCAGGAGGGUUUUGGGGACACAGAGGGGACUGCCCCACCGCCAUGGUGCUAUUCUGGGGUGGGGCAGACACCUCCUGGCUUCUCUGGCCAGCACCCAUCCUCCAGUAGAGUAGAACUUCUGAUGUUUUAUGUCCUCCUGAUGGCGUCUCUCCCUACCCCAGGAAUGGAAGACAUGAGCAUUUCUAAUUUAAAUGUGGGACUCUGAGGAAUUUUGUAA